AUGAAGUCACUGGGAGAGAGAGUUCAGCAAUUGACUGAGAAUGCCAUGAAGAAAUCCAUCACAAGAAUGAACAAAGAAAAGUUCAUGCUUUAUGCCAAGUCUGUACCUAGGAAUUACUCACUGGUCGUAAUGUUUACAGCCUUGUCCUCCAAGAGGCAAUGUGCCAUUUGUCGGCAAGCCUUUGAUGAGUUUCAGAUAGUUGCCAAUUCUUUCCGGUACUCACAGUCAUUCUCAAACAAGCUCUUCUUUGGCCUUGUGGAUUUUGAUGAGGCCUCAGAUGUUUUCCAAUAUAUGAAAGUUAAUGCUGCCCCCCAGAUUAUGCACUUCCCUGGAAAGGGGAAACAGAAAAAAGGUGAUGUUAUGGACUUCGGAAUGUAUGGGCUGUCUGCUGAGGCAGUUGCAAAGUGGAUUCUCGAAAGAACUGAGAUUCAGAUACGGGUCUUCCGGCCCCCUAACUACUCUGGUAGCAUUGCCAUCCUCAUUCUCUUUGUCUUGGUCGCUGGGCUGUUGUAUUUGCGAAGGAACAACUUGGACUUCUUGGCAAACAAGACCAUGUGGGGUCUGGCGUGUCUGGGAUUCAUGUUUGCCAUGAUAUCAGGUCAAAUGUGGAACCAUAUCAGGUCACCACCCUUCAUCCAUCGAAACCACCAGGGAAAUUUCGGGUACAUCUAUGGUUCCUCUCAGGGCCAGCUCGUGCUGGAAACCUACAUUGUCAUUGGAAUAUAUGCUGCUAUUGUCUUUGGAAUGAUCCUCAUGAUUGAGUCUGGGAGCAACACAAGCAAGACAGAUGUGGGGAAAAAGAAGCUUCAGGCUGUCAUCGGUCUUGCGCUCAUGGCCUUCUUUUUCUCACUCCUUCUCUCCAUCUUCCGUUCCAAGUCUGGCGGGUAUCCAUACAGUUUCUUAUUGAAAUGAUGGAUUCGUCAUAUAGCAAGACGUCGAUGUCUGUGAUCUCAGUGGUUGCUUUUUCAUGUUUGGAUGACUGUGGGAAAAUCUCAAUUCACGUUCACAUGCAGUAUAGAAUCUACAUGAAUAAAGGGGAACAUAACGA